CUUGACUCUCUGGAUUUAAUCAUUGCUUUUCCUCUAUUUUUGUCAUCCAUUCCCACCAAGGAGUCCCCAGCCCCAGAUGUCGGGUGAGGAGGGGGGGCUAAAACUUCUGCUCUCUGGAGGAAAGGUUGCAGGCGAUGAAGAGGAAGAGCAGCUGAAGGAGCAGCUCUGGUAAACAGGGUCUUUUGCCUUUUGGAAAAUGCAUUCACCGCACUCCUUGGCAAGUCCCUCAGAAAGAACAGAACGUGUUUGCUUCCAGAGAUGAACACGUCCUCUCAACUGUAUGUUUCUGAACUAAAUCUGAGUGCCUUUAGCAGCAACUUUACUGUGCCUACUGUCAAGAGCAAGUCAUCACCAUGUGAGCAGGUGGUCAUUGCGGCUGAGGUGUUCCUAACUCUGGGCAUUGUAAGCCUCCUUGAAAAUAUCUUAGUUAUAUGUGCAAUAGUUAAGAACAAGAACUUGCAUUCACCCAUGUAUUUUUUUGUUUGCAGUUUAGCAGUGGCUGACAUGCUGGUUAGUGUGUCUAAUGCUUGGGAGACCAUAACGAUAUACUUAAUAAACAAUAGACACAUAAUUAUGGAAGAUGCCUUUGUCCGUCACAUAGACAAUGUCUUUGAUUCAAUGAUCUGCAUUUCUGUGGUGGCUUCCAUGUGCAGUUUACUGGCUAUAGCAGUAGACAGGUAUAUCACUAUAUUCUAUGCCCUACGUUAUCACAACAUCAUGACAGUGAAAAGAUCAGGGCUUAUUAUUGCAUGCAUCUGGACCUUUUGCACAGGCUGUGGCAUUAUCUUCAUUCUUUAUUAUGAAUCAACUUACGUGAUCAUUUGUCUCAUCACUAUGUUUUUUACCAUGUUGUUCCUCAUGGUCUCACUGUACAUCCAUAUGUUCCUCCUGGCUCGUACUCACAUGAAGAAAAUAGCUGCUUUGCCUGGGUACAACUCUGUCCGUCAAAGAACCAGCAUGAAAGGAGCCAUCACUCUGACUAUGCUUCUUGGCAUCUUCAUUGUUUGCUGGGCUCCAUUCUUCCUUCAUCUCAUCCUGAUGAUCUCCUGCCCUCAAAACCUCUACUGUGUUUGCUUCAUGUCUCACUUCAACAUGUACCUCAUUCUCAUUAUGUGCAACUCAGUGAUUGAUCCCUUGAUCUAUGCCUUUCGUAGCCAGGAAAUGAGGAAGACUUUCAAAGAGAUCAUUUGUUGCUAUAGCCUGAGAAUGGUCUGUGGGUUAUCAAACAAGUAUUAA